AUGAGUUGCCUUUAUGGUAAAGCGUGGAACGAUGCCUUGCUGGUAUCUUUUGGUUCCUUCUUCCUUUGCCGGCUCGCGAACACAAACGCCGCGUGUGGGCACGCCGAAUUCAGCAAUCAAGUCAUGAUUGCUCCAUCUGCAUUGACACUCUUGACAUAUCUUGCGAGACCGCGUGCUCUCACGUUUUCUGCCAAGUACGGUGUUGGCGGAUACCCGGAAUGUCGUGAUCAAGUUCGCGAGUGCUCAGGAGUGCAGCACGUGUACUGUGAAGUCAAGGCUGUCGAAUGUCUCGAAUUGCCGUGCUUUGCGCUUGAUAAGAUAUUUUCCAGAAAGUGUUCACAGCUUGUAUCAACGCUUUCUUCUGGCGGUGUUGCUUGCGGGAACGGACAUGGACUCCGUGGCUGA